AUGGCAAGCUACUCUGCCAGUGGAGCAACACCAGGAAACGGGUCUGCUGGAUCGAACGGACAUGAUACUUCUCGUGGCAGCGUCCCAGACUAUAGUCUUUCCGGAGUACUCCAUUUUCUUCAGAGUGAAUGGCGUCGCUAUGAACACGAGCGAAAUUCAUGGAACAUUGAGCGCGCCGAACUUCGUGCCCGUAUUGCUCUCUUGGAAGGUGAACGUCGAAGUGUUGAUAAUCUCAAGACUGAUUUGCUCCGCCGUAUCAAGAUGCUCGAAUUUGCUCUUCGACAGGAGCGUAUAAGAAGCAGCCAAAAUAAUUCAGGCUCGAAUUCAGCCACAGUUAGGAACUCCAACGAUCGAUUUUCUGUCGGUGGUGGAAACGCUUCAUUAAAUGAUGAUGGACACGACAUGAAUAAGCAGCUACAAUUUCAAAGUAACGGUGUCAAACUACCUAUAGGCAUGAAGGAUUCGAAGGGACGCGCCAAAAGUCGGGCAUAUCUUCAGCAAUGUCUUCAGGAGAUCGCAUAUCUCACAAGCAACAUCACACUCAACCCGAUAAUGAAUCAGACCAACUCUUCCGAGUCAGAAGGCCAGGCAUCUCAGGUGUCUCGUCCUAUGUUUAUUGUACCCGAUGAACCUUCUGCGGAAAUACAAAAUGACGGAAAUAUGGUUAAAGGCUCUGUACCCGUGCAGGACACAUCUACUCAUGAUGAACUGGAGGUAAAGCAAGCAUCUCGACCCUUUCCUGAUAAGAACGCACCAGAAUCUAAAUCUGCUCUGGCAACGCAAGAGGCAAAUCCAACCUCCUUUAGUGUUGCUGAGAGAAAUUUGACAUCACAAAACUUAGCGAAUGUACCCGAUGUACAACUCUGGAACUCAAGGGGCACGAUCGACGCUCAUUUUGACUCUAUCAACUCUUUGGCAUACGACUCUUCAGGUUUCGGGUUUUUCACAGCUUCUGAUGAUUGCACUAUCAAAUAUUGGCGCCUUUCAUCACCUGAAGCACCUAACAAUAGCACAGAGGGUGCCAAUCCCAAACUUCUCACGACAUUACGUGGUCAUGAAGCAGGUGUAAGGUGCUUAGUGUACUCAAAGAAGCUUAAUAAACUUUUCAGUGGCAGUCUCGAUGCAACCAUACGCCAAUGGACGUUGCCUGAGGAAACACCCAUGAAGGAUGACCCCAUUUUGGAUUCUCUUCAAAGCUCUGUCUUUACCAAAAAUACUCACGCUGUCCACGACAUGUCAUUAUUCGCUCUGAAUGGAAAAGAGGAUGCACUACUGGCCACUGUAUGUGCCGACGGAACCGUAAAGCUGUGGUUCACGGAAGAUGCAUCAACGCCUACCCCUUUCCUUAGUUGGGAUUACUAUGGAACCGAUCCAGAUGCCGAAGUAAAAAUGGAGCGCCCAUCUAUGGCAUCCUUACCCCUUCCGACUUCUGUAACCUCAUGUCCGGCAGAUUUGAGGAUAUGCGCUGUAUCAUUCUCUAACGGCGUUCUAAAAUUAUUUGAUCUAACAUCUGGACGUGAAUUAAAGCAUUUUGCUAGUCCAUCUUCCUCAUUACCGAUCAAUGCUGUUGUUGGUCAUCCGACUUUACCGCUGGUCGCAACUGCCCAUCAAGACCAAUAUAUACACAUGCACGAUAUUAAUUCGAGUGCGUGCACGCUAUCCUUACACGCCCACGAAAAUGGCGUCGUUUGCCUUGACAUUGAUCCGUCUGGACUCACACUGGUAAGUGGUAGCUCUGAUGGGAAAGUCCGGUUUUGGGACUUGGUGAAAUCCAAUGAGAGCGAACAGAUGGCUUCCGACGCUGCUAAGCAGACCUAUACGGCAGUGUGCUUUCAAGAAGUCUCAGCGCAUCAAAUAAAGCAUGGCAAGGGCGUACUCACUUCUCUAUAUCAUCCAACUUUACCUUUCAUUGCAACGGCGGGUGCAGAUGGCACCGUUCAUAUGUUCGGGUAG